AUGCGGCGACUACGCCGAGCGAAGGUGUGCCAUGUGCCCAAGUUCGCUGUGAUCAUUGUGGCGGUAUGGGCCGUGCUCGCGCUGGCGAUGACGUACCGCGGCUGGGUCAAUAACACGUCAGGCGCUGCGGUGCCGCUGCCAGACGUGUUUUCCGCUGUCGGUGCGGCGCGCGUGCGUCUGCUGCAACGACCGGACGUGAUGGUCGACCUCCGCGCUGCGCGGGAGUAUGACACAUCGCUGUGCCCCGUCGAGCCAGCGGGACGCGAGCAGCCGCAGCUGCUGGAGUUCCUUCGCUUCUUCACGCGCGUAUUCCGCGAGACGUACAACAACUUGCCGUGGUGGAUGGAUGAGGGGAGCCUCAUCGGCAUCGGACGUGCCGGCGCCGUCUCGAACGCCGACGACGACUUCGACUUCUUUGUGCUGCUGCCGAACACGACGUCGCCGUGCAGGCCGGGGUCCCUCGAGUGCACGCCGGCGGAGUUCAACGCCCUCAUUCAUCGCUUCCUCCUCCCGCUGUGGAAGGCUGGCGCGUGCAUCCACUGGUUUCACCCCGACCCCAGCAAGUACGACGCAAAGAUGCGGCUGAUGUAUUCGCUGCAGCUCCACCGGCGCGACGACUUGAAGAAUCCGCUGGAUUGUUUUGACAGGAAAGCACCGUUGGCACACAUGCACCUUGGCAUGCUCAACGCGGACGGCGAGCUGGAGACGAAUAAGUGGGUGGGGCCUCGCAGCCACCCAAGGGACAAGCUGCCGCUAAAUGUGAUUCUUCCUGUGCAACGCUGCCGCAUGGGGACCAGUGACGCUCCGUGUCCAAACGACAUUGUCAGUUACCUGAAAAUGCGCAACGAAGAAGAGUACGUGCGCCGCUCUAGUGAAGGCCGCUGCCUGUUGGUGAAGAAAAGGUGGAGUAUUGAGCGUAAGCAGAACCAAGUGAAGAGUGUUCGACUGCUUCAUGACUGUGGGUACAACAGUAUGAUUCAGCUGGUGAAGCCGUUGAUAGACUCGGGUUAUGCCACCUGUUGA